AUGGAUUUAGUCACUAAUGCAGGAUUGUUGGGAUGUAAACCUUGUAGCACACAUAUGAAUUCUAGAAAGUCAUUGCAGCAAGAUGUUGGUACUCCACUCAAUGAUGUUACUCAAUACCGUAGACUCAUUAGAAGGCUCUUGUAUCUAUGCAUAACUAGGUCAGAUAUUACUUUUGUAGUUCACAAGUUAAGUCAAUUUCUUACUAAGCCAUGUGAUGGACAUAUGUUGGCAGCUGAACGUGUUCUAAAAUAUUUGAAAGGAACACUAGGACAUAGCUUGCAUUAUGCGAGCAACUUCAGUUUAGAAGUUAGCAUGUUCUCUGAUGCAGAUUGGGCAUCAUGUCCAGACACAAGACGUUCAGUUUCUGGUUUUUGCUUGUUCAUUGGAUCCUCGUUGGUGUCUUGGCGCUCGAAGAAACAACACACCAUCUCUAGAUCAUCGACGAAAGCCGAGUACAGAGUCAUGGUCGUUGCUUGCUGUGAGGUUGUGUGGAUAACAACACUCCUUGCAGAUUUUGGGGUUGUUCUUAAGUGCCCUACUCCUCUUUAUUGUGAUAAUCAGGCAGCCAUUUAUCACUUCAAAUCCAGUCUUCCAUGA